AUGUCUCAAUCCAACGACGGACUCAAAGUUGUAGACGCUGAACCAGUUCAACAACCAACUCAAAGCACUUCAAGUUCUUUGAACCCAAACGCCAUUUUGAACAACACUUUGGAUGGAUUCGCUCAAUUGAGUUCUCGCUUUAACCCUUUUGCUCAGAAGCUCAACAAGGGCAUUGGACAAGUCAGACAGUAUGCUCAAGAAAAGCUGGGAACAGCUGAAAAUAUUACUGAAUUGCCUCAAGAAUAUAAGGAUUUAGAAAGGCGUUUGGAUGCCCUUCGUGAUGUACAAACCAAUAUGCUAAAGAUUACUCGCACCUUCAAUAACCCAUCUUAUGAUUACCCUGUUCAAGUUCAACAAUCUUUGAUCAACUUGUCUACUACAGUCACUCGUGAAAUCCAACAACUUACGUUAACAUCAGCGGCCGAUCGUGCUGCUGCUGCUCAACCUCCUACAACAGUUGAAGAGCCAAAGACACUGAUGCACGGCCUUGCCCGUGUAGCAGCUCAAGGUGCCCAAGAGGUCGGUGUCGAAGAGCCUUUGGGAACGACUUUAUUCAAGUACGCUACAAUCACUCAAAAGGUCGCCGAUGCUCGCGUCAAGAUGGAUCAAACCAUUGGUGAGAAGUUCAAUAAGCCAGUUCAGACUACUCUAAAUACAGCUAUUGAACAAGCUAACAAGGCAAGACGAAAUGUUCAAUCUAUUCGCUUAUCCCUUGAUGCUUGUAAAGCCAAAUACCGUUCUGCUCGUCCUGAAAAAUCAGAAGCUGCUCGUCUGGAAGUUGAACAGGCUGAAGACCAAUUUGUGGCUGCAGUUGAAGAGUCCACCAACUUGAUGAAGGCUGCUUUGGAUAACCCCGAGUUUUAUCGCAAUUUAGCUGAUUUAGUUGCUGCACAGUUGCAGUACUUUAAGGAAGCUCAGGACCUCUUGUCUGAUCUGGCACCUGAAUUGGAUGAAAUUCAAGUCACUCAGGAAUCUUUGUACAGAAAUAGUCGUGCUUAA